GACGUCACCGCGACGCACCAAAACCACGUGACCGAGAAACCACGUGAUGCUGGUGCCCUAGUAUUCACUGCAAUACAGGAUCCGGCCGCAUCUGGGCCUUUGUACUUGUAUUCCAGAGUGGCAUUGCCCUUGCAGCAUGCCAGCCAGUGGCCGGAAGGGCAAGAAGAUGCAGGAGGAGGAGGAGGAGGAGGUUGGAGACGCUGGUGUCGCCCCGAAGGGGGGAGAUGCUUGCAAUGGAAAUCUGUACGACUGGAAAGACGGCCAUCAGGAGGCGAUGGCGGAUUUCUGGAGGGAUCAUCCUGAAUUUUACGAUAAGUCAAGUGCAAGAUACAAAGAUAUGCAGCACAAGAGAGCCGCGGUUCAAAGCUUCCUUGUCGACACGCAGAAGACCUUCGAGGAGCUCAACAAGCCGCUGCCUACAUAUGCACAGUUCGUAGGACACCUGCGGAAUAUGAGGACAAGAUUCAACAGAUACACGACUAAGAAGUCGUGGCAGCCUGCUCAUAAAAUCUCUGCCAAGGAAGCCUUCAUCAUAGAUCGCUACCAAUUUCUGCACAGGCACAUUGUGGGGAAUCGACAUCUCUCGCACGAGACUCAUUCGUUCGGUAGAGGCCACCACUUGGGAGAAGAGGACGACGACCACGAUGCCGUGAGUUUCGGGUCAAGUGUGGAGUCUUCUUGGCAGCCUGGACCGAGCCCACGCACCUUUGGACGACCGAGGCAGAAAAAGACGUGGGAGGAAAGCAACGCUAUCGACCGGGCACGUGCGCCGUGGCGUAUCGUGACCUUUGGCGGAGAUGACGACGAUGACGACGCCGUGAGUGUCGGGUCGAGUACGGAAUCUUCUUCGGAACCUGGACCGAGCCCGCGCGCCUUUGGACGAUGGAGGCGGAAAAAGAUGCGGGGGGAAAGCAACGCCAUCGAGCGGGCAGAGCUUUUGGACCGGGCACGUCAUCAUGCGGGAAACAUGAACCGGCCUCUGUCAAACCACAAGAAGCGUGUCAAGGAAUUUGUGAGAUUCCUUGAAACCGAAAUCCUCCAAGUCCCAGAGCAUCAAUUCAACAACUGUAGUAUGGAGUUCAUCUACCUGGUCAGGAGUUUUCAGGCCCACGGCAGUGUUGAAGCGAACCGAGCCACGCGGAGCAGCGCGAACCCGUCCGUGGGAAUGUCCGAUCAAGGAAUGUCCGGCCCGAUCCGGUCUCGGGGAACGUGUAAUCAAGUGCAGACGACAAGUCGGGGAACGCGCCGCGUGCCGUGUGGGCCGCAAGUUAACCAACAGGUAGGAAGUUACCUUAAGGUGGAAAACGACUGGGACAGCAGCGACAUGAAGGAAUGUGAACGAGAGAGCAUUAAUGGCCGUGACGCAAAAGAUUUGGAGAAGCAAGAUAUUCCCCGUUCGUGGCCUUAGUUCAGAGAAUUGUCGCAUGUUUUCUGCUCAUUCGGGGUGCAUGCGUUGUGUUCUGCCAGCCUGAAAAACACAUUCAAAAUAUCUGUUUAAUAUGAAAAAACACAUACAAGUAAGGUGCAUUUAUUUUUCCAUUUUUAUCAAAUGCUAAUUUAGCUUAUUUUGUUCGUCAGUUUAUAAUUUUAGCAACGCUUCGGUAGCAUGUUGUUUUGAUAGCAUACAAGUCGAGCCAACGUUGACAAAGAAAAACACUGACUUUUAAAAAAAAAAACAUACAAUGUACAUUGUAAUCGUUUUUUUUUUAAAUCCUCUUCUCAGUACAAACACUGUAAGAUAAUAAAAGAGGGGAACGACA